AUGACGAGCCAAGAUUUCGAACAGACGCGGUCGCUUCUUUCCGAAUCCAUCACUAUUCAAAGGGAAGGCGUCGACGCCGCGCCGACCCUCGAGAAAUUGUUGCCGAUUCUGCAAAGUUUGUUCUGAAGUUUUGUAGGUUUUUCAUUUAUGGAAUUAUUCAUAAUUUUUCAGAGCGAGGCCAAAUUUUGAGAUUGAUACAGCUAGAAAGAGAUUGAACCGUUAGUUUUAUCAAUUUCUGAACAUUGGUGAUCGGCGUUUUAAAAAAAGGGGAACAUAUUUUUUUUUCCAACCGUUUCUGUGUAAAGGAAAAACACGGAAAAGAUGAGGAGAAUUUAUGAAAAAAAUUAAAAUGCGAUUGAAAAAAAUGUAAAUACUCGAUUUCCCGUCUCGCAAGAAAAAAAAACCUUGGCAAAGAACAUUUUUAUGUUAUUAAUAAAUUAUUAUUUUAUGGCUAAUGAAGCGAAAACUUAUUUAACACAAUUGAACGGCUAAAAAACUGACCUUUUCAAUUAAUUUUGGUGGAGCUAGAUAAUCUCGUGACUUUAGGUUCCUAAUUUCAGAAGUAGCCAAUGGACGAGGCGAAGCUCGAACGACGGUCGGAAUGGCGGUUUUGGUCGCGGCGACGCCGUUGCUCCAGACGGCCCAGAAGACCGGAAACAUGUCGCGGAUCUACGCGAGAUUCGCGGAGGCCGUCGAAUUCGCCUUCGACUGCAUCCCCGACCCCGUCAAUGUCCGUUAUCCUGCUUCUGAAUCUCCUAAGCAGCCCCUUCCAGAUUCCCCUGGUCCCCUUCAAACACCUGAGCCCCAUCCUGUGCGAAUCCGUCCGGCAGUUCCCAGAAGACACGCCGACGGCCAUCGCAGCCACUUCCAUUGUCGGAAAUGUCCUCGGCUUCAUUUUCAAGUCCCAGUGGCUGAGACAAGGUUUCUUUCGUUCUUUUGACCGUAAUUUGAGGAAACUAAAGCAGUCGUACUGGACUUUUUAUGUUCCGAAAAAUUUAAGUUUUUGUUUCUAUUAUGUUUCAAAUCCUUGUGACUCAAGCAUCGUUCUUUCUUAUCCCAUUUUUCUUUUGAAUUAAAAAAAAAGGUAAAAGCUUGUUUGUUAUCUGCAUUAUUUCUGCUAAUUUUUUAGUAGUUUUUGUGCAAAUCCUUCAAUUUGCAUUUAAUUCAAAAAAAGUAAGCAUGUGUUGUGAACGUUCUGGAAAAAAAGACGUUCUACUGCGAACAAAAAAACGUAUUUUACAUGAGUAACAAAUUUUCGAUGGUAAUGAUUCUUUUUCCAGGAUUGUACUCACCAUCUUUCGUGCCAAAGCUCAGUAACUUGCUCAUCACUUUCAUUGAAAUUGCCAAAAAUCGAGAAAAAGACGUUUCUUUGCGGUAUCAUCCAGUUUGCGGAGCCAAUUCAACUAUUUUCCUAGGAAAAAAUCGCUGAAACUAGUUCGAAUUUUGGUGGAGUGCUGUCCAAACGAGGCCAUAGUCGUUCUGAGCACUCUUCUCCCUGGAAUCUCUUCCAAACUGGCAAACGUCGCCAGCGACGGCGCCAACGACAACGCGGAAGUCGUGGAGGAUUGCCUCGCUGUGAGAGAUUCGGAGAUUUCUGUUUUUCAUGGAAUUCCUUUCAGAUUGUAGAUGAGAUAGUGGUGAAGUGCUUGAAAGACAGCACAUUUGAGGAAGAAGUUUCGAAAAAGCGCACAGAUUGCUCUGAAGCCAUUCUUCAACUCAUUGUCACUAGAGACGAUAAAUGGAGGGAGGAGGCGGCGCUCGGAGUCGUCGAAUUGGUGAAACACAAAAUGUUUCCUUACAAUCCAAAGCGUUCCAGUUGAAACAGCUUCCAUCAUCCUUGGCCAAAAACCGUCACGAAUCUGUCCGAUUUGCUCUACUUCGACUUCUUCGGGACGUUUUUGUCGAGUUUGGCUAUUUUCUGUUCAUCAAAUAAAGCUUCUGCAGAUGCGAGAAAAGUUUCAAUGGAACUCUCGACGUCACGAUCCACGACAUCUGUUUGCUCUUGUGCGACGACGUCUUCGAGGGGUAAUUGAGGCAGAUUAAACAAAGCAACGGAGUGUAGGACGAGGAUAUUGGCGGAAGAGCUUUCGAAUGUCCUGAGACAACGGAAUCCGGCCGGCUAUGAGCUCCAUCUCCACGAAAAGCUGCGGCAAGUCGCUGAAAGACUUCCCGUGGCCGUCAGAGCAGGCGACGGCGCGACAUCGCUCUCUCAGGUUUCCCACUGCUUCUUCCUCAUUUUCACAGCUCAUUCUACAGCUCAAGUCCGUCCUUUUGGGCCUCCGAACGUCACUUCCAGCUCUCGCCGCCGCGCGAUCGCCUUCGCUUCUUUUGGUGCUACAGUCUUUGAUUUCUUCAAUUCGCCUCGACGAAAAGCGGCUCAUGAUAACGAAACAGGAUCCUCCAGAGAACUACGACGGUAGCGAGAUCAAUUGUAAAAUCAAAAGGAAAGUAUAACUUGGCAGAGUUCCUCAACCGCUUCCCUCUGAAGUACGACAUCCGCAGCGAAGACCUUGCAACCGUUUGUGAGGUCCUGGCCACACAGACGCAGGGCGAAACGCUCGACUGGACGAGCAGCGAACUGCUCGGCGGCUCCGUCGGAGAGUGCUUCGCCUGCUCUUUCGUCGUCUGUCGCUUCUUGGUGGCCCUCGAGAAGUCUUCGGAUCGGACCCCCGACGAGGCUCUUUUCAUUUCUUCCAUGCAGCCUCUUCUGCAAGUCCUCGAGGAGUAUGACGCGACCUAUGUUCCUCCGGAUGACGUCAUUGAAGGUUUUCGAACUUCUGUGAAAAUUCAGCUCAAAAGUUAAGCUUAGAAAUUUGAGCUGAAGUAAGCUGAGCACGUCGAAAAACGUAACCUCGAUCUCUAGUUUCUGACUUCAUUAGGUCAAUAGGUAUGUACGAAUUGAAACAAAAAGCCUCAAGUUUUGAUUUUUUUUUUACUUUUUUUUUCUACGAAAGGAGCUGUUUUUAAAACGAUUUUUUGACCUAGUGUUGGCGAAAUCUUGACAAUUUUCGGUUUUUUUUUUCUUAGUUUUUUCUGUGAUUUUGAUUUAUUUUAUAAGUAAACCUAUCAUUUUUGCAUGCACACUCACAAUUUCCAUCCUUUAAAUUAUUCAACCCAGGAACCUCGUCCAUUUCCAACGUUCGCCCAGCCCUCGCCUGUCUUUCUUGCGUCUCUCUGAGUAUUUUGAUCCAAUUCCUGGAUAGAUCCGAGAAGAAGACCAAGGUGGAGUCAUUCCCGAAUCUUCCCUGAAAUCGAAGUUCAGGUGGUUGUGGAUAUGCUGUACGUGCUUCUGAGACAAUGUUCCUCGGAGACGUGGAUGGUCGCAGAAGCUGCGGACUUCUCCAUCGGCCGGAUAGCAAAGGUGGGAACGACUGAAUCGAGCUCUUCUAGAAUAUUUUCAGAGGCAGAACCUCUCGCAGUCCGAAUUUCUCAACUUGUACGGCAGCUACGUCGCCCAUCGGAUUCUGCUAGCCUCGUCCUCCUCGACGGAGCAUCUGACUGCGGCCGUCGUCUUCAGCUCUUUCCUCCAGAGAGUCACCGACGCGAGUUUCUUCGAGUCGUGCCGUCAGAUUUCGGACUUGCUGCUAGCCAUCCUGGACUCACACGAGCAGGUUCUAACCUCUCCGAAACCUUUUUAGAUGUCAAUUUUUGUCAGAAGAACACUUUGUUGGUUUUGCGAGCGCUGCAUUCCUACAUCCGGGCAAUCAACGUCUGGUUUCCUGAAAUUAAUGUGAUAGAGGUGAGCAAAACGUUUGUUCGUCUUUUUUGAAAUUCGAAGUCAUUCGAAAAUCUCCGUUUUUGAAGCUUUCUAUUUUCUAGCCGGCGACCCCAAGCAGUUCGAAGCAGAAUGAUGACGUGACAGAAGCUCUCGUUGAUGAAGCCAAGCCGACGCCUCCCGCCGAAGCCGUCCACGCUGAGAAAGUGCUUCUGCGAGUGAAGCAAAUGCUUCUUUCGCCUCAUCUUCCUGUUCGUCUCGUCGCUCUUGACGUCACGUUCGAAGGUUUGUCUUAUAAGAUAAGUUGAUAAUCGUCCUCUCGCAUUUGUAAUAACUUUCCCAACUACAAUUUCCUGUAACUAUACAACCCUUUAUGGAAACCAAGAAAAAGUUUUCAAGAUGUUAUUUUUUCAAUCUCAAUUUUUUAGUCCAUCAAGGAGUAUUCGAGAAAAUUUCUAGAAGAUUCCAGUAAUAGCGCAAAAAAGACUCACGUUUCAGGACUUUGGGCGUUGCGGAAAAUCGACGAUUUGCUUCUGCCGAUGGUGCACCAGAAUUGGGUUUCUCUCAUGUCCAUCAUGCGUGAUGAAGAGCCUUUAGCCAGAAUCGCCGGUCUCCAGGUUUUCCUUUUUUUUUUGACUCAUCCAGUGUUCGAUUUUUUAGGUUAUUGCCCGAAUGGCCGACCUCUCCAAAAGUUUUGUCAGUCGUCGGAUCGUGACGGAGCUCUGGCCAUUGAUGGAAGGUCUUAUGCGUGUCGAGUUGAAGAGAAAAGCCGCCUAUUCUCAAACAGCUUCUUUUCGACUGCAAAUGGCCGUUUUGCAAACGUCGGGCUGUGCUGAAUGACUCCAAAAAUGUUUUUGUUCAGAUUCCCGCAGAUCUUCCGUGACAUUGAGGCCAAUGAAGAAGAAUUGUCGCUUUUGAAGCCGUUGCUUGAAGAUUUCUCGCGAAAAGCUUCUCAUGUCGAACUGAGAAAGGCCGCCGACGAAGGAAUAUCACUUCUUUCAGGGAUUAGCUGA